AUGGUUGACUUCUCGAUGAGUGCGGCCGCGUUGGACAGCACUUCCAGCGGUGAUGUGUUGGCAGACAUCAUGCCAUGGGUUGUCAUAUUCCUCGCGAGCGUAAUAUACAAGACAUUGAUUGUGAAACUCAACUUUAAUCACACAAAACACUACACAUACUGUACUGACGAGUGUAUUGUCUGUGUGUUUACAGCGCUGCCAAUGCACUACAUUAGUCACGCGGAGCCGCACGCAGACUACGUACGAGAUAUAAUCAUUGGUACCCAACAAACAUGCCAUUCAAAUGCCAGCUAUAGCACUCCCGAUGGCCAACAUUUACCACCACUGCUACCACUCUUAAGACAUCUCAGAAGACAACACAUCCCCUCUCUAUCACUGACAGCUGAUCCAAACACUCAUAUCAUGAAUGGUCUGCGAGAGUCUGAUUACGUGGACGCGCUGAAGACGUACCAGAGGUCGCGCUUAGAGCACAUGCGGUCGGAGGCGACGAAUAUGCGGCUGUAUUUGGACACUCUUCGGGCCAAAGUGGCCGCUCUGGAGACGCAGCGCACGCGACGGCGCCGCCUAUCGGUGGGCGACGAUAUCGGCGGCGAUUUAGUGGUCACUUGUCGUCAACUGCGGACCGACAACCUUCAGCUCCACAUCGACUGUCACUGUAUGACCAUUGAAGUGGAUCUGUACGCGUCCGGCCGUAUGCCACUCGGCGUCACCGACGAGAGCUUUUUCCGCCAUUUGCACGUUCUUCGG